AAUCCUCAAGAUUGCGUAGUAGGAAGCUGUUUGAACAAGAUCUUCCUGUCUUCGUUUAAAUUUAUACUCAAAAGUAAUGCCUAAAAACUUCCUAACAAGUAUUGGAGUUUCCUCAAAUUUUUCAUGUAAAGUUUUUCAAAGCUCUCUGGAAUGAAGAAACUAGAUUUUGAAAAUCAUUUGAGGCGAGAAUGGCGGGCAACUCGUCUGACGAUAAAACAAGAAAAUUGAUCGAUGAAUUUUUAUGUUUUACAAAACAAAUUGGUCUGGAAAUCGUUAAAGAGGACAUAGAAAUAGCGAUAUUUCUGAUUGAAGAGAAAUUACCAGAAGAGAACGUAUUGGAGAUAAAGAAAGCAAAACAACCCGGAGUACAACUAGUGUCUUGUUUGAAGAAGAAUCGAUUGUUAUCUGAGAACAACUUGGACUUCUUUAUAGAGUUAUUGGAGGAGUGUCUCAGAAUCGACUUAGCGAACAGAGUGAAGGAAUAUCGCAAAACUUCAGUCACGACGCUGAAGAGUGCUCCACCAGCUCAAAUAAUCGAAAGAAUACCCGCCUACAAUAUGGAGUCCCUAUUUUUGGUUAUAGCUGCCCAGAAGAGCAGCAUUACUGUUAGUCAAUUAGACAACAUCAGAGAGUCAAUAAGCAGAGCUCUUGGUCUUAAAAUAUCUGAUGUCUUUUAUGUUGCAACUGAUGAAGAUGAGGAAAACCCGCAAUAUUCGCAACUAAGACUACAAUUACCCAAAAGAGAGGAGAAAAUCAACCAAUUGCAGAUAGAUGCAGUGAAUAAAAUGCCUUGGUUAACUGACUUGGAAGUUGUUGAGCUCACAGUAGACAACAAGUCUUCAAUAAAAAUAGCAGAGAAGAAAAAAGGAGAUGUGCCGAAGAAGCCUAAGAAUGGAGAGAAGCAAUCAAAACCACCUUUACUGAGAAAUCAUAGUGUCUUAGGACUAGAUCCAAGUCUAAAAAUUCACUGUAAUCAAAUGCUUGACAUUGUACUGGCAAUAGAACUCCCUUCUACAGUUGAUGUAAAUAAGCGCAGGGCAGUAGUAGGAAAAUUUGAGUCUGCAAUGAACAAAUACUAUUCUUGGCACAAGGAAUUACACAGUUUCAGGCUGGCAGCCAUUAAGUUUGGUAACCAUACCAAUGUUCCAGUACGACAACCUAAUCAACAACAAAUUGCAUUCCUUGUCAAAGAAUUAUCUAAUGAUUUGAAGAUGACAGCCAGUGUGAAGCCUGAGGUACAUUGUGGAGGCAUAAUGAACUCUGGGCUAGCAGAUGCUUUGAGUAUGGUGCAUAGUCUUAAAGAUGAUAUGCACAGAGAAGCCACUAAGCUGUGUAUUGUGAUUUGUUUUAUUACAAGCAAUUCUGCCAACCUUGAGCACUACAGAUGUUGCUUUGGUUACGAUGUAAUUGACCUAGGCCACGCCCUAGCAACUGAUGCCGUACCAUUAUAUAUCAUUGGUAUUGACCUGGAAGGAAGAAAGACCAGUCCUUCUCAAGCGCCUGAGAACUAUCUCUUGUCAGGCCUCACUGCUAUCACUGGUGGACGAUACUUUCAAAUUCAAGACAUAAGCUUGUUGGAAGAGUUGAUCCAUAGUAUCAUAGAAGAAAACAAUUCCAUUGAGAAGAACAUGGGCACAGUCAAUGAUGUCGUCAUUAGAGAAAUCAACAAACAGUAUGGUGACGUCAAUGAUGUCCAUCUCACAGAAUAUCUCUACAACACCUUACGCUUGCGGUCUUGUGAGCUUGAUUGCAUUACACUUAGAGGGACCCCUCUAACACCCAUUUCACAGAUAGCAGAGCGAGUGUCGUGGGCUAAUAAUCUUGAUGAUGCUAUUGCUGGUGUAAAUAGCUUGAAAAAGCACCUGAAAGCAGCCGACAAAGGGCCAAUUGCUUCCAAGCAAGUUUCCCCUCCCUCAAACGCUAAAGGAAAGCGGAAGUGUAAAUCCAAGAAAGAGCCAAAGGAGUUUGUAAGCAUAAGGAAGAAUCCUGAUAUGGAGGUGUCAGCUCGUAUGGUAAGGAGACAGAUCGAGAGAAGUGCCUAUUACAGGCCAACCACAGAGAAAUAUUAAUAUGUUUUAGUAGUACAUAAUGGUAAGACAUUCAUGAUCAUUGGCCGUUUGAUUGUCGGGCAUUAGUAAGAUGUCAAUGCACUUCUGGUUAAGUAUUGGCUGACUAAUGAUGGUGAUGAUGGUGAUGGUGAUGGUGAUGGUGAUGAUGGUGAUGGUGAUGGUGGUGAUGAUGGUGAUAAUGAUGAUGGAGAUGGUGGUGGUGAUGGU